AAGCAAAAACCUUGCUGAAAGAGCAAGGAAAACCCCUAACAGCUAGCAUGUACUUUCUUGCCUUUUUGGCUUUAAUUUCUGCUCCCCCCAGCAUAGAAGGCGUGGCCUAUUGGGCUUACAUCCCCAAUCCUCCAAUCUUACAGCCCGUGGGUUGGCUGGAUCCGGAGCCCAUUAGAGUUCUAACCAAUGAUACUGUCAGGAUGGGUGGUGCUCGGGACUCUGACGCGAGAGCCAGCUCGUCCUCUUUAAUAACCUUUGAGGGCAGAGCAGACUCGCCGCCAAUUUGUAUCACACUACAAGGGAAAAUGCCGGAAGGCUGCCUGAGCACCGGCUCUGUGGCCCAAGUGAAGCAAGAAGUCUUUCAGUUGCAAUUUAAAAAUAAAAAACGGGGAACUGCUACGCCCACGGCGGUUACGCCGGUGUAGCAGAAGAUGCCACUAAGGUGGGCUAAGGCCGAUGGGUUGGGGUCUGCGCUCCCUGGAGAUGAGCCCCAGGCAGUUCCCGGGCAAUCAGCUGCAAUCAU